CUCUGGAGCGAGGCGUGGACGGCAGCGACAAGUCAAUGCAUUCACCCGAUACCACACGAGCGAUAGACGCGAAACAGUAGCUCACAUAUUUGAUUUUGCACGGUCCAAUAUAGUCUCCGAAUGAACAGCCAUGGGAGAAUGGACAAUUCUCGAGCGUCUCCUGGAGGCGGCUGUCCAGCAGCACUCUACUAUGAUCGGCAGGAUCCUACUGACAGUAGUGGUGAUCUUCCGGAUUCUAAUCGUGGCGAUAGUUGGGGAGACCGUUUACGACGACGAGCAGUCCAUGUUCGUGUGUAACACCUUACAGCCGGGCUGUAACCAAGCGUGUUACGACAAAGCGUUCCCUAUAUCUCACAUCAGAUACUGGGUGUUCCAGAUCAUCAUGGUGUGCACUCCGAGUCUUUGCUUCAUCACAUACUCGGUGCAUCAGUCCGCCAAACAGAAGGAGCGGAGAUACUCCACAGUCUACCUCUCCCUAGAUAGAGAUCCUGAAUCGAUGAAACGAGACAACAGCAAAAAGAUCAAAAACACCCUCGUGAACGGAGUACUUCAGAACACGGAAAAUUCCACCAAAGAGUCCGAGCCCGACUGUUUGGAAGUGAAAGAGAUCCCUAGUUCUGCUAUGAGAACUACCAAAUCUAAAAUGAGAAGGCAAGAGGGCAUCUCGCGCUUUUACAUCAUUCAGGUGGUUUUUAGGAACGCGCUGGAGAUCGGCUUCUUGGUGGGUCAGUAUUUCUUGUACGGAUUCAACGUGCCCGCGGUGUACGAGUGCGACCGGUACCCUUGCAUCAAAGACGUCGAGUGCUACGUUUCGAGACCCACGGAGAAAACCGUGUUCCUCGUCUUCAUGUUCGCGGUCAGUGGGCUUUGCGUAGUGCUCAACCUAGCCGAACUCAAUCACCUGGGCUGGAGGAAAAUUAAAACGGCGGUGAGGGGGGUGCAGGCCAGGAGGAAGUCCAUAUAUGAGAUCAGAAACAAGGACUUGCCGCGGAUGAGUAUGCCGAAUUUCGGCCGCACCCAGUCAAGUGACUCCGCUUACGUCUAACACUCCCAUCGUAUAGAUUCAUUCGAUUAUAUACAGAAGAAAAGUUACGUUAUGAACUGUUCAUCUCACACUGUUUCAUGGUGGGUUAGAUGGAUUUUAUUUGUCUGUUGUGGACAACAGAACAAACUGACCAAACGUUUGUUUCUUAUCAGUUACUGAAGAGCACUGAUGCAACUUUUUAGCAUUGUUUAUAUUUUUAUUGGUCCGGACGGAAAGCUUACAAUAUGUUUUAUUUGUCCACACGAUCAGAUGAACCCGAAUAUGUUUUGCACUAAAUAUAAAUUUGAAGGAGCCAAACGAACCCGAUUUGUGCUGUGUAGUUUUAUAUAUAAAUAGCCUAUAUACACAGACAGUAUAUAGCCUAUAUGUAGGGUACAACGGGGCAUUCUUCUGGUCACAAAAUGUAUCAA